AAGUAGUUUCCCUCUGAUGUUAUUUUGAAUUAUUUGAAUUGAUUAUCUAAUUUACCUUACCUUAUUUUGAAUUACCAUGUAAUAGUUUUUAAGUCACUGUUGAAACAUCCCAGUAUUCCAAAUUAAUAGUAUGGCAACAAGUUAACCAUCCUCUUUGUGUGUUGUUGUAUUGAGUGGAGGCCGAUGCUUCUUGGUGUUGCCACGAAGAAGUCUCGAUCUCUUUUUACUACAGCAUCACAUCCAAGUGGUUGGUUCUCUGCAGCUUUUUAUCAUCUACAUAAAAUAACCCUUAUAAAGGCCGCUAGAGACUAAUUUUUGGCACACAUGCUGGACGUUUUAACUGGUAUGAAAUUCAUCUACAAUAACUUGUAUUGCCCCCUGCAUGCGGAAUCUGUUUUCUUCUAAUUGCAAUGUAAAGAUAAUAUACACGCAGUAUUGGUUUGAAUCAGUAUUUUUUGGACCCAAUUGAUAAACAAUCCCUUUGUUUUAAGAGAUAACCCCGUUUGAAUUCACAAUACCUGAGUUUUAUAUUCCUCUUUUAAGCCAAGACACAAACCAUUAUGGAGGAUUUUACAUUUUAUUCCGAUGAUUUGGUAAUAUUUUGUUCGGAAUUUGAUAACCUUGCAAAGACUGAAAUUACGGACUCAAUGCUUGAGGUAAAUUUGCAUGACUUGAACCAUCGAUGGUCAGAGGUGCAAAGGUCAUAUAAGGAACUUCUUAUCAAUAAGAAGGGCGACCUUGACCAGAAGUCAUUGGAAGCGGCACGAGGCAAAUAUAGCACAUGCACGAAGUCCUUUCAUAAUUGUAAGGCGAAUAUCUUCGACUUGCAGAAAACUUUUGUUGCUUCCCCUAUAAGCUCCUCCUUUAUAGCGAAUGACAUUCCAGCUACCGAUUUAGCUAUAAAGGUACCUCCCUGCGACACGGAGCUGUUCUAUGGAGGCUACGAAGAAUGGCCAGCAUUUAGAGACAUGUUCUCUGCGGUAUAUGUCGAUCACCCUAGACUACCGCCUGUUCAAAAGCUUUAUCACCUCCGCCUCAAGUGUCGCGGGCAGGCAGGAGAGAUUGUGAAGAAGUAUAAGCUCUGCGGUGAAAAUUUUUGCUUAGCAUGGGAGGCUUUGCGUAUGAGGUACGAAAAUAAAAGGAUAUUAGUGGACAAUCAACUUAAAAUUCUUCUAAAUUUACCUCCCAUUACUUCCGAAAGUUGUGAGUCCCUUCAAUACUUGCGAAGCACAAUUAAUGACUGCCUCUCUGCUCUGAAGGCGCAGAAUAUCUCGACAAAGGACUGGGAUCCUAUACUUAUUUACAUUUGCUCCACUAAACUUCCCCACGAAACUCUCUCCCUGUGGGAACAGUCCCUGAAAUCUCACAAGGAACUUCCAGAAUGGGAACAAAUGGACACCUUUCUCUCACAUAGGUAUGAAGUGGUGGAACGUUUGAAUAGCAUUCAAGAUGCACGACCUGCAACUAAAGAAAUUCAUAGGGAAAGUACUACUGUGACCAAGAAUGAAGCCAGUUUCCCGUGCAAGAUAUGCAAACUUAACCACCCAUUGAAACAAUGCCCAGAAUUUAAAAAGCUUGACCCACAAUCUCGAAGCACAUUUGUCUCCUUAAAUAACAUAUGCAUUAAUUGUCUCUCUUAUACUCAUACUCGGAAGAACUGUCAGAGCAAAUUCACAUGCAACACUUGUAACAAGAACCAUCAUUCACUACUGCAUUUUACCCGAAAUGGAGCUAGUUCUAAUCAAAAAAGCUAUAGUCCAAAAUCACCGGUUAGCGACGAAUCUCAGGCCCCAGAAGAAGCCCCGGAUUCUUCUUAUACGCAUCACAGCAAUGUAACUUUGGAAACAGCUUCACACUUUACUUCUAAUGCUGACAAUUCUUGGAAAGGAAACACUUUGCUACCUACUGCUGUUGUCCAAAUAAAGCACAAUGGUGAUUUGUUAAAAGCAAGAGCUUUUCUUGAUCAAGGCUCUGAGCGCUCUUUUGUUUCGAAGACUCUUCAGCAGCGAUUAAAGCUUGUGGUUGAGAAUAAGAAUUUCCAGAUCCAUGGAAUGGGUGGUGAAAUUGUGGCAAAUUCUAAUUCCAUAUGUUCGUUAACUCUGUAUUCAGAGAAGCAUGAGAUUGAGGUGAAUUUGGGAGCGAUAGUUGUCCCAAGAAUCACAAGGCUUUUACCUAAUUUCGAGAUAGCCAAGUCACAAACCAAUUUUAGUGGCAUAGAGGGUUUGGAACUCGCAGACCCUGAUUUCUACACUCCUGGGAAUGUAGACUUGCUCCUCGGCAGCGAUGUGAUGCCCUCUCUUCUCAUAAACGGGUUACGUAAGAUUUCUGAAUCUCUCCUUGCUCAAGCCACAAUAUUCGGUUGGAUUAUUAGCGGGCCUAUUCAGUGUCAAUCUGUUUCGGCAUUCUCCAUUGGAAUUUCUGAAAUGGAUGACGAAGCCAUUAGUACACAACUCAGAAGAUUUUGGGAGCAGGAAGAGAUACCGAAUAAGAUUCCCUUUUCGAAAGAAGAUGAGUUCUGCGAAUCUCUGUAUUUGAAGACCACGUAUAGGAAUAAGGAUGGCCGAUAUGUGGUUAAACUUCCAUUCAAACCUGGGUUUCCACGGGAGAUGCCUUUGGGGUGUUCUCGUUCUAAAGCCCUCAUCCAGUUUAUUGGUAUGGAAAAUUCUUUGAAAAAAAAUUCCGAGUUUGCCGAAACUUAUCGAAAUGUUUUGGCCGAAUAUUUGACACUUGGUCAUAUGACACCAACAUCAUCUCAGGAAAUAAUUUCCCAAGGUUCAUUUCACUCAUAUUAUAUGCCUCACCAUGCGGUUAUGAAGCCCGACAGUCGGAGUACUAAGCUAAGGGUAGUCUUCAAUGCUUCAAGGAAAAGUAACUCAGGCAACUCCUUAAAUGACAUCUUAUUAGUUGGACCAACCCUACAACUGGACCUCAUGACCCUGAUCGUUAAUUGGCGGCUAUAUCAGUACGUUUUUUGCGGUGAUAUAGAAAAGAUGUAUCGCCAGAUCUUGGUCCAUGAUGGAGACACUCCCUUUCAACGAAUCGUCUUUCGGAUGAACCCAUGCGAUCCCAUUCAAGACUUCACACUCCGAACGGUGACAUUUGGUGUAAAUUGUGCACCAUAUUUAGCCAUCAGGACAUUAUUACAGCUUGCCAAAGACUCUGAGGAUCGUUUUCCUCAGGCAGCACAUAUUUUAAGAAAUGAGACAUACGUAGACGAUAUUCUGACAGGCUCUCAUGAUUUAAAUUCGGCUAUAAAAGUGCUCUCUCAAAUCAUUACGGUAUUGGAAUCUGCUGGAUUUCAUUUGAGAAAAAUAUCGGCAAACACCAAAGAUAUACUGGAAUCCGUUCCCAACGAAUCACUCUUAGAUUGUGACUUUCUCAAGUUCGCAGAAACAAGCGGUACUAAAACGCUUGGAAUACAGUGGAACGCGCUGAAAGAUUGUUUUUCAUAUAAAAUAGAACCCAUAGAAAAACAAUUAGAUAUUACAAAAAGAAAAAUACUGUCCACUGUCGCAAAAAUAUUUGACCCGGCGGGGUGGAUUUCGCCCAUUAUAAUCCAGUCAAAAAUGCUCCUACAACAUCUCUGGUUGGAAGGAACUAAGUGGGAUGAAAGCGUCAAACCCAAUACCCUGCUCAAGUGGAAUCAAUUUGUAGAUAACAUACAGCUAAUACCCAACAUACAUAUUCCUCGCUGGGUAAAGUUUGCCCCCCUUGUCUCUACGCAGAUUCACGGUUUCUGUGACGCGUCUGAGAAGGCGUAUUGCGCGGUUAUCUAUUUACGUGUCCAAAGAAAUCAAUCAACGGAAUCUAAUUUAUUUGUGUCAAAAACCAAAGUGGCUCCGCUAGAACCCGUAAGUCUACCAAGACUGGAAUUGUGUGGUGCUCUACUUCUCUCUCGGUUGGUGAAAAAAGUACUGUCUCAACUCCCGAUAAAUAAUUAUGACCUCUACUUAUGGUGUGACUCAUCGAUUGUCCUCGGCUGGUUAGAAAAACCGCCAUCAUCAUGGAAGACAUACGUCGCUAAUAGGACAGCAGAAAUUAUUCGAAAUAUUGGUAACAUUUCAUGGCGUCACAUUCGAUCAGCAGACAAUCCAGCAGAUGUGGGUUCUAGGGGUUGUAAUACUAUGGACCUCAUGCAGAAUUCCUUGUGGUGGAAGGGUCCAACAUGGCUUAUAGAGCCGCCAAACGAAUGGCCAAAGUCUCUUCCUGCAUAUAUUGACCCGCCCGAAAAGAAAAAGAUAAAUGUUUUCCAUAUGAACGAAAUUGUAGAUCCCUUAGAAAGAUUUUCAAGGUGGGACCGCGCCAUACGAGUAAUUUGCUAUGUACGAAGGUUUUUGCAUAACUCCCACAAAGAAAAACGACAACAACACACUCAAGACUCCAAAAUUAUAACACAUUCCGAAUUCACCGAAACAAAAAACUUGCUAAUUACUUUGGCCCAAAGGCAGUACUAUGGCAAGGAAUAUCAUUCACUUUUGACGUCAAAACCUAUUAGCAAGAAAAGUCCUUUAUAUUCUCUAAAUCCUUUUAUUGAUAAAUGUGGGGUACUCAGAGCCUCAGGCAGAAUCUCAAAUUCAGAUUUCGCCUUUAACGAACGCCAUCCCAUCAUAGUCCCCGUAAAGUCCAAAUAUUGCACUUUAUUAAUCGAGUUUACUCACAUUUUUUUGAUGCACGCCGAACACAACCUAAUGAUAAGGACAAUUCGAAGCGAAUAUUAUGUAUCGAGGCUUAGAUCAGCAAUAAAGAAAUGCAUACAUCAAUGCAAAACUUGCAUUGCAUAUAAACAGCGCCUCCAAACACAGUUCAUGGCAGCAUUGCCUAUUGAACGAAGCAAAUUUUCCCCUCCGUUCACCAUAACAGGUCUAGAUUUCGCGGGACCAUUUCCAAUAAAGGUGUCUCGACUACGACAGGCUACAUUUCUUAAAGGUUAUGUUUGCAUUUUUAUUUGUCUAAGUACGAAAUCCAUCCAUUUGGAACUCUGCUCGGACCUUUCAUCUGCCUCAUUUCGGGCUGCCUUUGUAAGAUUUGUUGGAAGGCGAGGCCUGCCACAAAAGUUGAUGUCGGAUAAUGGUACUAAUUUUGUGGGGGCUGAGAGAGCAUUUAAUUUCCAAUAUGUCCAUUUUCUCAAAGCCAUAUCCAAGGAUAUUGUUGAAAAGUACGCUACACAUGGAUUUCAGUGGACCUUUAUUCCUCCCAAUGCCCCACAUAUGGGGGGAAUUUGGGAAGCUGGGGUGAAAUCCUUUAAAAUGCAUUUUCGGAAAGUAACCCAGAAUGCCAAAUACACGUUCGAGGAAUUUUGCACCCUUUUAGUACGAAUCGAGGCGGUCUUAAAUUCUCGACCCCUAUCACCGAUGACGGACGACCCUUUGGAAUUAUUAGCCUUGACCCCAGGUCACUUUUUACGAGGUGCUCCUAUGGUUGCUAUGCCGGAGGCUACUGACGAGACAUUUCCUAUUGUAGACAAAUGGGAUAAACUCAAAUCUAUCCAACACCAAUUUGCUCGGAGGUGGAAGGAUGAGUACAUUAAGGAACUUCAAAGCAGAUACAAGUGGCAGCGUUUGCAAAAGAAUUUAUCCGUAGACCAGUUCGUCCUUAUUAAAGACGACUCCUUGCCUCCGUGUGAAUGGCGGUUGGGUCGCAUUACAAAAGUUUAUCUAGGACCAGACGGUCUUGCCCGGGUAGCUGAUAUAAGGACUCAGCUUGGGACCUUAAGGAGACCAAUAGUAAAAUUGUGUAUUUUACCAUAUAAUGCUCCUCAAUCUUAA